CCCCUGCUUGUCUAUUCUUCGAAGGCGUUGAGAGCAAACAUCUGAAUGUGCAGGACGAAGACGAUGAGCACAUGAAACUGCGACUCCCCGCUCCAAUGGGUUCGCUUCUCAAGCUCUGCAAGCCCUUCUUCUUGACCCGCUUCUCUUCACUCCCCAACUCUCCGGCGACCACCCAUCUCAGGACCGGCCAUUGCCGCGCCCUCGUCAAGCCCAAGAAGCGGUACGGCUCGUUCUGCUCCAGUUCCCUGAGCUCGUCUCGUCCGUUGGCGAGCUGCCAGUUCUCGAGCGAGCACGGUGGGGAUGGGGCCGACGGCCCGGCUCCGGCGGCGGAUCUCUGGCUGUUCAACACGAUGAGCAGGAAGAAGGAGGCGUUCAGGCCCAAAGUGGAGGGGAAAGUGGGGAUGUACGUGUGCGGGGUCACUGCUUAUGAUCUCAGCCACAUUGGGCAUGCUCGAGUUUAUGUCACCUUCGAUGUGUUGUACAGAUACCUUAAGAAUUUGGAGUAUGAAGUUUGCUACGUCCGUAACUUCACUGAUGUUGAUGACAAGAUAAUUGCAAGAGCGAAUGAACUGGGGGAGGACCCUAUCAGCUUGAGCAAGAGAUAUUGUGAAGAAUUUCAUGUCGAUAUGAUGCAUCUUCAUUGCUUGCCUCCUUCUGUCGAGCCUUGUGUUUCAGACCAUAUGCCUCAGAUAAUUGACAUGAUCAAGAAGAUUUUGGAUAACGGUUGCGCAUACCAAAUUGAUGGAGAUGUGUACUUCUCUGUUGACAAGUUUCCUGAAUAUGGACAACUAUCUGGGCGAAAGCUAGAAGAUAAUCGAGCUGGGGAGAGAGUUGCAGUGGACUCAAGGAAGAAAAAUCCUGCUGAUUUUGCUUUGUGGAAGUCUGCAAAGGAGGGUGAGCCCUUCUGGGUGAGUCCUUGGGGUCCUGGAAGACCUGGAUGGCAUAUAGAGUGCAGUGCCAUGAGUGCCACCUAUUUGGGUUAUUCAUUUGACAUUCAUGGUGGAGGAAUGGAUCUUGUUUUUCCACACCAUGAGAAUGAAAUUGCUCAAAGCUGCGCGGCAUGUGGACAAAGUAAUAUAAGCUACUGGAUACACAAUGGUUUUGUCACUGUGGAUUCAGAGAAGAUGUCGAAAUCCCUUGGGAACUUCUUCACAAUUCGUCAGGUGAUCGAGUUAUACCAUCCACUAGCUUUGAGACUUUUCUUGUUGGGGACACACUAUCGAUCGCCAAUAAAUUAUUCUGAUGUACAGCUCGAGAGCGCAUCAGAACGUAUGUAUUACAUCUAUCAGACUUUGUAUGAUUGUGAAAAUGUUAUUAGUCAGCAUGCAGUCCAACUAGAUAACGUCCCACCUGAUGCACUGGAUUGCAUUACGAAGUUCAAGAAUGAAUUUGUGGCCGCCAUGUCUGAUGAUCUUCACACUCCCGUUAUCCUGGCAGCACUUUCUGACCCGCUGAAGAACAUCAAUGAUCUGCUCCAUACCCGUAAGGGGAGGAAGCAACAACUGCGAAUGGAAUCGCUGGCUGCUCUAGAAAAAGUAAUCAGGAAAGUUUUGACUGUUUUAGGACUACUACCCGGCAGUUAUAUUGAGGUUUUGCAACAGCUGAAGGAAAAAGCUCUGAAGCGUGCAAAAUUAACAGAAGAGGAGGUCCUGCAAAAAAUCAGAGAGAGAACCGCUGCAAGGAAUGCUAAAGAGUAUGAGAAAUCGGAUGUGAUAAGGAAAGAUUUGGCCACUGUAGGGAUUGCUCUCAUGGACAGUCCCAACGGUACAACUUGGAGACCAUCCAUCCCACUCGCAAUGCAAGAGCAGGUGGCUCCUACAACAUAAGCAGUCCCCAACAUGCCAACCUCAACAUACGUCUUCAUCGAGCUGCUCGGUUUAACAUCUGCUUUUUUAGAUGAUAUCAUCUGAGCAAACGGGUUCCAGUAUUUUUUGAGACUCGAGGUAAAUCAAGAACAGAAUUUGCCAUUUUCAGUCGAAUGAUAGUUAAGUUAUAUGUUAGAUACGGAGUUGAGAGUUUGGGCGUAUACCAAAUUAUUCUUUCUAAGAUUAUUCUUGCCUGAAGCAAUUGCCCAAAAAAAGGUAACGGAGACAUUAAAUAGCCAAUCAUACGAGCACGCAAAGCUUGGGGACACUUUUGUCGCCAUUUUUGUCAGUUAAUUUGUUCAUUUUCUUUAUUUC